AUGGCUAAAGAAAUCAAUUUAGAAGAAUACGAACAACCUCAUACUGCAGCUGCCCUCGGUUUAGGAGCAGUCACUAUUUAUGCUUCCCUCGCUUACUUAAGUAAGAAAAUUGCCGGAGCCUUAAUCACCAAGCCUUUAAAUUCUAAUGCUGAGCAAUUGGAAGAAGAAAGUUCAGAAAUUCCGCCUAACUCAGUUGAUAAUAUCGCUAAGUUUCAGCAACGACAAGCAAAAACCCAAGCAAUUAAUCAUGUUAAUACGAUCCAAAAUUUAAGCACUAGUUUACAAGCCCUUCAGCCGGAUAACUCCGAAACCACUAAAAUUAUCACUUAUGCCCUAGUUGGCACGGUGGUAGCUGGAGCUUUAAAAGGCUUUUAUGAAGAAAAUAUUAAAGCCACUGUCGAAACCAAAACUAAUGAGUUUAAGCAGUUAAUUCAGCAGAAUGCUGCCAUUGGUCAAAAUACCCAAAAAGCCUUAAUUGCGAUUGCCUUAGGAAUUUUCCUAUUACUAGCCAUUGCUUAUUUUUGGCAAGGAAAAACCCAACACCAAAAUACUAGACGUAAGAUAAUUAAACUAUGUCCAAAAAAUACCUCAUCUACUUCUCGAUCUGCUUUAUUGCUGGUCUCUAUGUUCGUCAUUGAGCCAAUACUGGUCAAGGACAAUUUAGAAGACUCAACGAGAUUUUUAAAUAAAACUAUGUCCACUCCCACUCUCCUUAUUUGUUCGGCUUUAGCAGUUUUUUGUGGUUUUUUAGCCCAUCAAACUGUGGAAACCCUCCUCAAUACCUGUUUAACCUUUUUGCCCUUAAAUAUUCGCACAGUUAAAUAA